UUAUUGUCACAAAGUGUUGGUCGUGUAUCAAUUGAGAACCUGAUUUUUUCGCUUUCAUAAAUUGCUCUGUUUUCACAAAGUUCAGUACGAAACAAGACUAGAAAAUUAUAAAUUUGUUCAAAUAAGUGAUAUAUAUUAAAAAUUUAAUAAGUACAACAAUACUCCGCCAGUGAAUAAUUCUUCAACGUGGAAUCGAUUAACGAAUCUAAAAAUUAUAAUGAGUGCUCAGCCUAGUCCCGCCUGCAUGACUCCUUCAACCGAACAGGAAAGAGUAUUUCAAUGGAUCAACGAAUUGGCACAUCCAGAGAGUCGUGAAACAGCUUUACUCGAGUUGAGUAAGAAACGUGAAACAGUGACAGAUCUUGCGCCAAUGCUAUGGCAUAGCUUUGGAACUACCGCCGCCCUUUUACAGGAGAUAAUUAAUAUUUAUCCAUCAAUUAAUCCUGCCACACUCACUGCGCAUCAAUCAAACCGCGUCUGCAGCGCGCUAUCCCUACUGCAAUGCGUCGCAUCGCAUCCGGAGACGCGUACAGUGUUCCUGCAGGCGCAAAUACCAUUGUUCCUGUAUCCAUUUUUGCAAACAACAUCCAAAACUCGGCCAUUCGAAUACCUUCGACUAACAAGUUUAGGCGUAAUUGGUGCAUUAGUUAAGGCUGAUGAGCAAGAAGUGAUAACUUUCCUUUUAGCAACUGAAAUCAUUCCACUGUGUCUGCGAAUAAUGGAAACCGGUUCAGAACUGAGUAAAACUGUAGCUACGUUUAUUCUGCAAAAGAUUUUAUUGGACGAAAGUGGCCUCUCGUAUAUUUGUCAAACGUAUGAACGUUUUUCGCAUGUUGCUAUUAUUUUGGGCAAAAUGGUAAUACAACUUGCCAAGGAACCCUCUGCACGUUUGCUGAAGCAUGUUGUACGAUGCUAUUUACGUCUUUCUGACAAUCCCAGAGCACGUGAGGCUUUGCGACAAUGUCUUCCAGAUCAACUGCGCGAUGCGACAUUUUCAGUAUGUCUCCAGGAUGACAAAUCCACCAAACACUGGCUACAUUUACUAAUUAAAAAUUUAGAGCUGGGUGUUGUCGCACCAACAGACCCGCGUCAAAUCGGUAUGUCACCAUUGACGUCAUAAACAUCAGCAGCAACAGCAGAAAACGCGCCGUCUAAAGUACAUGUAACUACAUAUGAAGUGCAGCUAAAAGUGCUGUUGUUGUAUGAUAAGAAUUGUACGCGCAGCAUAGCAGUCCAAACAACCCAGCCAAGUAUACAACAGAGACUACAGCCCCAACUAACUAGUUUAAAAUAGUGAAUACGCAAGUUACAAAUAAUAUAACUUUUUACUUAAAAAAUUGUAAUAACCAUUAAUAGCAAAACAAAUCAAAUUACACACAAUAUAACAAGGGAAUAUCUAAAUACUUAAAUACACCACACACACACACAUACUAUAUCUACAAGAGAAAAACAAAUACUUAAAAGUCGUGAUAGAAAUUGCAACAAUACGAAUGCAUUAUAAAAUAAAUAAAUAAUAAUUAUGAUAAUAAGGAUAAAAUAUAUAAAAUGGAGACUGUUUAUAUGAUAAAAAAAACACAAACAAAAACAAAAAUACGGGUUUAAAGAAAAAGCCCAAAAAAGAGCGAAAAUAAAUAAUUACUGAUGAAAAUAAUAAGGAAAUUUAUGUAGAAAAUGAGUGAAUAUUAACUAAAUUAUGUAAUAAUUAAGGAAUGGCGGUACCUAAAAAAUUAAAAUCGAAAGUAAUAAAUAAGUAUCUAAUUUAUAUGCAUUACUCAUAUAGCUAUAAUUUGGAAUUUUGCUGUUACAAAAAUGCUGAUUUCAUUGCUUUCAGCCACAUGUAAUCGCAGGCGAAUGUACUCUCUCUGAGAUUAGAUAAGAAAGUCAAAUUAAUUGCUUUUCUAAUUAACGUAAUAAUAAUCAUAAAAUUGCCUGUUAAUCAGAACUACCCAGCUGUGUAUACUGCAUGCAGAUACAUACUUACACGUAGUUGCAAUAGUAUUGAACGAAUAUUAAAUAUAAAUACGAAAAUAGUUUUCGUUUUCAAAGUUAGCUUAAACUUGCGUGAUUGACUUACGUAAAGGGCAAAAGCAGAGGAACCUGUAUUUUAAUUUAAGUGUGCAACAAUAACUUCUUAUAUUUUAUAUUGAGGAGUUUGACACCACAGUCUAGCAAUUAUCGAAAUAUAUGUUUUUAAAUGAACUUGUGUGUAUAUUUAGGCAAUAACAGUGAACUUAAACAUUAAUGAAUGCGCGGACUCAUGCAUAAAGGGUAGCAUAAAAGAAUGAAUUAUACUCUUUGUAAUUUCAGUAAUUUAUCACUUAACCAUACAACUGCAAGAACUUGAAACGUGAAGCAUACAUUUUCGUCUGAAUGCCUUAAAAACUUUGUCAACAAGUAACAAAAAGUGUGAUUAAAACGUGUCACCGGAAUAGCGGAACAGUAAUUCACUAAUCGAUAUAUUAAUUAUGCUAUAAGGUAUAUAUCUCAUUUUUUUUUUUGCAAAGAACUCACACAGCAACAAUGUUAUAUAAUUGGAAAGUCACUUGUUUAAUAUAAUUUCUUAAAAUCUUAAGCUAACCUAUGGGUCACUAUGCCCUUAUAACUAGUGCAUAUAACAGCAAUUGUAUUAAGUUCGGCAUACAUCCAUAUAUAUACAUACAUACAUAUAUACUGCAUUGUACUCCACCAUUUGUGUAUGAUUUCUCAAUAAUCUCUCGAGACUUAAAUAAGCCCACUUUACAGGGAUCAUUUUGAUUAUGAAAUGUUGAUAUCAUUUGUAAAAAAUAUAGAAUUAAGCAAUUUGAUAUUUUUUAAUAUGUAAAGCCGCCACUAUUUGUACAUUACAAGCAUUAAUAUAUUUAAAUUGUAUAAAAAGUUUUAGCUUAAAAUGUUUGCCAAAAAAUAAAAUUUAACUAUAAACUAUAAAAUAAAUUGAAAUAUUCAUAAAACUCAUUUUGCUUUGCUAUCAGUAUGUGAAUGAAGGUAGUGGAUUGCAUUUCCAGUCCAGUAAACCUAAAACUUGUUUGCGGUUUUACUACCACAUUCCGAGAAAAAUAUACACAUAAUUUUAACUUCAUCGAAUUAGAACAAAAUUAUACUUACAAAAGUGCUUAUAUGCAGCCUUAAAAUAUUUAAUUUGAACAUUGAAAAUAAAAGUUGCUAAAAUUUGCAAAUUUCAUAUAUUAUUUUUUUCGGCACAUCAAUACUGCUUGGCUUUCCUUCCAUAUUGUUGUGGCGGGUAAGACCUUAUUUAAUAAAAGAAGCAACGAUAUGUUUUUGAAACGACAUUUCCAAUCAUUUUCAUGCUUCUGCAUUUGAAUUGCUUACAUUUUAUUUUAUAAACUUACUGUAAUUCAAAAAUGCAAGUAAAUUUUAAUAUAUUUGAGAAUUAUAUUUAUAAUACUUUUGGGCACCAGUAACAGUAAUUGUUUUUCAGCAAUGACAAUGCAGAAAUAUUUUUCAACUACUUGUUUGUUAAUGAAUGCCGCUUUUACCAAUGGCGUGAGCAUUCAAACAUUAUAAGCACAUAACCAACGAAUACUUUCUAAAAUUAACUACUUUCUAUUAGAGAUCAACCGUAAAAUCACAGUUCUUAAUAUUACUGCGUAACAAUUAAAAAUAAAGAAAAUAUUUGGGUUUACGAAAAUAGAUAUGAAAAUGCAUAGCAAAUAUAAGAGUAUUUAUGUAUGUGAGUAACUAAAGAGAAAUAAGAUACUUCACAUGUCUUUGCUAAAGUAAAAUUGUAUUUAGAAUAAAGUACUAUAAAGGAAAUGAUAUGGAAAAAACCUAACUGUAACUGAUACAUAUUGUGAUUUUUCUUAAUUUUUGUAAGGUAUCUCUGUGGUGUUGAUUGUUGCUGUUCGGCUCAAAAGCUCUACACAAACUUGUGCGACACGCAUUUUUUCACUUCCAUGAGCUUGGCAGAGUGCGACAAACAAAACUUAUAAGGCUAAAUCUGAAUUUUAAAAAAUUAUUAAAAGCCUACAUGUUGAAUAGCAGCAUUUUUGAGAGUUAAUUACAAGUUUUAUACACACAUUUUUAAACUAUUUGAUGAACAAGCGUAUGUCACUACAACUGAAUAAAACUUUUCAACUGCCGCAAAAACAUCAUUGAACUAGUUAUUAUAUGUGUACAGUGUAAAGUUUUAGCUGUCGAAUUUCAUAAAUUCGAAAACUUAAAACCCACAUCCCACAACUUCGCAUCAUAUUAAUUUCGUAUGUGAUUUAAUUAUAAGUAUUGACCUUAAUGCUAAUUAAAAUUUUUUUGUGUAAAAAAUUUUUGUAUCCUUGUUAUUCAUUAUUAUUUGAACUUUUAAGUAACAUACUAAGUAAACAAUUCUUUGCUUGGCGGCAAACGCACUGUUGCGCACAACGCAUUCAACACUUUUAGCUGCAAAACAUUGUAAUAUAAUUGAAUAAUUUUUAUACUUUAAAUUUACUUUUGAUAGUACGUUUCAUAUUGUAGAAAUUCUGUUUAGUCGAAAGAAAAAAAGUUUAUAAUCUCCUUAAAAAUGAACUUGUCUACUUAUAUUUGAACGUUAAAUAUACAAACUAAUCUGUAUAGUGGUAUUUAUGUAUGUCUGAAUAUGACUUGGGUUAUAUUGUAACCUAUUGUAGGAUAGGUGUAAUCACAACUUAAAUUGUAAACUUAUAUCAUUCUUUGUAAAUUGUUAUUAGAAACCAGCAUCCUAACUAAGUUAAGUUUAAUAUACAUAUAUAAAUAUUUUUCGCAUAACUGGGCUAUUUGAAAGCACACAAAGCUACUAUUGUGUAUGUUGACAUAUUACUUGAGGUUGUUUUAGCCAUUUAUCUAAUUUUACCUUCAUAACUAAAUCGAAAAUGUAACAUAUACUUUAAAUAUUCUUAUUUUUCCUAAAAUUAUUACCUAAUUUAGCUUGUAUUUGUAUACAUAAUUAACUAUUUUACAUAAAGUUUGAAUUACUACUUAUUAUAUAACUACAUAUUCAUGUCACAUUUAUAUUUAUUUUAAAUGUUUGUAUUAAAGAUUAAUCGUGCGAUUUGCCGAAGUUUUAAA